UUUAGGAUCUUUGGGAAAAUCUUAUAAAACUUUUCCUUUUAUCUUAAGAUUGAGAAGAGCCAGAAUCACCAAAAGGAAUCUUCCUUUUGAACUCAUUCUGGCUCGUCUAAUCAUGGCUAUUACUUCCAUAGUCUUCAGCAAGUCUUAAAAUAUUUCUGGUUUUCUAUCACUACAGCAUUGGGGAGCUAAUACAAAAUUUUGUAGUGGCUCUUAACUCAAAACCACAACUGGCUUUUAUAUUAUGUCUAAAUAAAUUGUGCAGAGGUAAAAUACAUUUACUUUUUUUGCUCAACUUAAAUCUUUAUUCAUGCCUUAAAACAUGUUUGAAUCAUUCAUUUGCCAAGUUAAUAUCCUGUGUAAGUUUUGCAGAGGAUAGCUUUCUGAAAAUGUAUUUUACCCUACCUGCAGUCCGGCAAGAAUCAAGAAGAGAUGAAAUUGGAUUAAUACCCUGCCCUGAAGCCAGGUAUAACCGGAGCCCUAUCAUCCUGGUAGAAAACAAGCUUGGUGUGGAAAGCUGGUGUGUCAAGUUUCUUUUGCCAUAUGUCCACAAUAAACUUGUCCUCUACAGACAAAGAAGACAAUGGCUGAACAAAGAUGAGCUGAUAGAUAUCACAUGUACCUUGUUGCUGCUGAACCCUGACUUCACCACUGCUUGGAACGUAAGGAAAGAAUUAAUACUGUCUGGCACUUUAAAUCCACUUAAAGAUUUGCAUCUUGGAAAACUCGCAUUAACCAAGUUUCCAAAGAGUCCAGAAACAUGGAUUCAUAGACGAUGGGUGCUGCAACAACUAAUUCAGGAAAACUCCUUGCCCGGUCUUGUGACUAAAGGAAACUUGGGAGCAGCACCUGUGGAGAGAAUUCACCGACUAGUGCAGGAGGAAAUGAAUGUCUGCUCUGAAGCUGCUGGGAGAUAUCCAAGCAACUACAAUGCCUGGUCCCAUCGCAUCUGGGUUUUACAGCAUUUGGGAAAGCUGACUGUCAAGGUUCUCCUCGAUGAGCUUUCAUCCACUAAAUACUGGGUAUCCAUGCAUGUCUCAGACCAUAGUGGAUUUCAUUACCGCCAGUUCUUACUCAAGUCCUUGAUAGGCAGAACUGUGACUGACAAUAAUGUACUGGUACAAAAUCAAAUCAUAAAUGAGCAAAACCCUAGCCUCCAAAAGGAGGAGGAGAGUGCAGGGGCAGAAGCUGCCUGUGCAGAGGAGCAGAGCGUGGAUCUCCCCCGCCAUUUAGAGGAAGAAUUCGAGCUCUGCACUGAACUGAUUGACAGUUACCCAGGGCAUGAAACCUUGUGGUGUCAUAGAAGGUGUGUGUUCUACCUUCAGCACCACCUAAGCAGCAAAAUUCCUCUUCUGAGUGCAGUGGUAUCAUCUGUGGACAGCAGUGAUGAAACUCUGAAUAAUUCCCACCACAGUCCUGCAACAAGUCCCAUGGCACAAGCUAUGGAUGUUGAUGGUUUGAAUGAAUCUAGCAGCAAACAAGGUUAUACCCAAGAAACAAAACGCCUGAAGCGUGCUCCUAUGCAGGACUCUUUUGGUCCAGAAGUGGAAUACCGGUUCAUUGAUAAAGUAUUAUCAACUUGUAGGGAUGCGGACCAAGCCAGGUUUGCUACUGCUUAUAGGAAAUGGUUAGUUACUUUUUUAGGUCAGUGAAGGAAGAGUUUAAAGCCUUCAGGGUUCUUUUAGUGCAAUAUUCUCUUUUUAGACACAAAUGCAUGUCUUGGUUGCAAGUGUUAGCUAACCAUGUGUUUCUCACUCUUUUAAUGGUCAGUCCUAAAGUUCAUAUUAGAUUAGAAGUCUCUCACUUUAUUUAUUGAAGAACUGGCAUACCUUUGUAUUAAGCAAAUGCAGUUUGUUUAAUCUUUUUAAGAAAUCACUUUGUCAGCUUCCUACCAUGCCAUUUUCUUAUUUUCUAACUUCUGCAUUAAGGUGGACUCUGAAUCAUUUGGCUUAAAAAAAAAAAAAAAAGGAAAAAAGUCUCAAAUGCUUUUGAGACAGCAUGUCUGGAAGAAGAAUAGGAGGAUCUGUCAGUAUCAACUAAACCUGUUUCCAGGUUGCUCCUCUUUACUAUAGUGGCAUCUUGCUGAUACAUUAUUGGAUUCAGACUAUAUUCGGUGAGUGCUAUUACUUUUGUAUUAGCAACCUUUCGUAGAACACCAGACUGCAGUGUUUCUUUCUCAAGGCUCCAACACUGUUUUCCAAUACCUUUUACUAUUAUAACUAUUCUACUAUUGUAACUGGAUUUUUGCUUGCUUAUUAGUUGUCACAUGAAUUUGAUAGGAAUGUCUGUGAAGUUGAAAUCCUGAAAAGCAGAUAGAGGAAAAUGUGACACAAAAUAGUUCAAACACACAUUCACGCUUACACUUACAUUCAAUGCUAUGUUUGGAAAUACUUUUCUUAGAACAGACUGCUUUACCUUCAUUUCCUACUUGGUAUUUAUUUAUUUUAUCUCAACAAUCCAGAAUUAAUGGCACUUGAUACACAUUUCUGGAUGUAUUAUGUAUACUGCAGAAUCUCAGCCUGCUAAACCACACAUUGGUAACUUGUACUUAACCAAGACCAUACAAGUCCACUAGAUGAUGGGAGUAAAAACUCUUCUGACUGGUCACUGAGACUAUACAAUUCAAAAAAAAGACAGCAGGAGGGAGCUAUCUCUUCACUUUUGUUCUUUUGCAGAGCUUCAGUCUUUGAGGUUUUUUUUGACUCUUCCUUAAAAGCACUUCUCCAACCAUACAUCUCUGUUUACAUUAACUGUAAAUUUUAAGGGAAUUUGAAACACAUUUCUACUCCAGUGAAAUUAAACAUGAAUGGUUUAUUUUGUCAUUUCCUUAGAACUUGUCUAUAUAAGGGAUUUUUUACACUAAUGGAAUUAUGCUGGUCCAAAGACCCAGGGGAGAAACAUUGUACAAGUGUAGAAAUUUGUACAAUGGCAACAUCGCCUAUGUUCCAAACAGACUAUUCACUGAGGGGAUUAGAUUUUCAGGCUAGAGCCUUUGCCAAAAUUGCUUUAUGUUUCUCCUGCCCAAAGUGCCUCCUGACUGUGAUAAGAUUCAAGCUGCUGUUUCUGUUGGGCAGAGAGCGCAACAAUGAGGGAGAAAAAAAACAGGUAGCCUGCUCGAAGGUAUAAUUUGGAAGGAAAAAAGGCACUCGAAACAUGCAGAAUUCCAACAGUUCUAAAUAAUUUGAUGGAUGAGGGUUACUCUUGCAUUUCAAAAUGAAAAUAGACCACCUCUAGUCUUAGAGAGUAUGUUCGUAACUCAUUUCAGGCCCAGAGUAGCUAACAGAGACAUUUAUAAAUGUACACUCUUCUGUUUACAGUAUCUAGGUAAGACUGACUUAGGCUUUAGCAUCUCCAUGGCAAACCUUUGUCUUAGUGGGUAUCCACACCUGCCUCUGUAUAGCUAGGAAUGACUUACAUGCCUGUUUGUUUUGAGGUACUCAGGGAUGUUGUCUUGGUUGAUGGUUUUGGUUGCAGAAGAAUGUAAUCAAUGUGUGAAGGAGGUGUGGGAAUGGCUUGAGAGGAUAAUUUUGUCAUAAGAUUCUGUCUCUGUUGACCACUGACAAAUGGGUAGGUUCAGGUACAAACCGGAGUCUGAACCUAAGUUCUUAACUCAGGCAAGAACUUUUAGCCAUCCCAGAGGACUUGAUGCUUUUUGAUUAUGAAAGUUACAUUAAAGCAUGUGUAGAAGCCUGGGUCAGCUUGAUUAACAAUAUCCCACUAAUGAGUAGUAUGAACCUGGAAAGUAUGAAGUCAGCUGGCAAUGUAUUAAGGAUUAUGUUCUUGGUCCUGGAUUACUUAGUAAUGUAGUUAUGUGUUCUGUUUACCGUGACAAAAAUUACCUGUUCAUGAGAAAAAUAGUAGUGGCAGGAGCAGACUGGGAAGUGGGAGCAUGAUAAGAAGUAGUUCUUGAACUGUGGAAGGGAAGACAUGCUCUCUUCUUGCAUUGGAAUGACUUGAGGUUUUUAGAGGAAAAAAUUUAUAUUAGAAUCUGGCUUGAAACCCAUUAUGUAUUUCUUCCAGACUAUAAUCUGAAGUCUUAGUUGGCUUUCUUAGAGCUAUAUCGUGGAAGUACUGUGCUAUUGAAUUUGACAAUCUUUCCAUCAUGAGCACUUAAGAUCAAACAGCUGCCCUCAUAUACAGGUGUACAGUUCCUAUUCAUGUCAGCACGAGUUAUGCAUGCUUGUAGGAAGACAAGAUUUGGUCCUAUGUAGCUGAACAGAGUUGCAUUGUAUUUUCAUACCUGGAAAAUGUUCUGAGAGAUCUGAUUAAAGAUAAUGCUGAUAUUUUUAUUACUUUUACAAAACACUGAUGGCUGUAGUAUGACUCUUAAGUGCGGGUUUUUAAAGCCUACACAAUAAAAGUGAAAUUGAAACAAGUCAUAUCUUCUGCUUUGAAAGAAAUGCAAACAAUAAGCUGUCUAAAUGGAGCUUUAGUUUUUUCAUGGUAACAAUAUAAAUUACAUGAAAGAAGAAAAUACAUAACUAAAUUACUUCAAGCUGUCAAUGUCCUGAAGCGUCUUACAUGAAAUAAUUGAAGAGAUGCUUCCAACAAAUUGCAUUAAGCUUACAACUGUGUGAUGUUCUGGCACUAUGAUCUUUGAAACAUACCUGUCUAACCAUUCAGUAUCACUGCAGAGGCCCAUGUGGGCACUGCUUGAAGAAAAGAAAAGUGGCUUCAGGCCAUUGGUAGUUAACAUGCAUAAAGGUUACCAAGUACAGCUACUUUAGGUUAUGUAUUUCAGUUGUUUUGUGUGUCAGAGGUUUAUAAUGUAGUCAGUGAACAUUCUUGCAGAGAAAAUGUCCAACAGAAGCUGUAGAAUACAAGGCUCUCACUCUGAAGUUCCUUCAAAUAUAAGAUCAAACUUUGUAAAUGUCUUCAUAUAAAGUUCAGCAUCUUUACUGAUUUUAUCUUCUGCUAUAGUAUGUGUCAUUUGAAUUUAUACAAAUUCUUUUUGUUCACUGGAUUAGUCUUUGCAGAAAUUUCUUUGUGCUAGAAACAAAGGGUUUUGAGGAACAAAAGUAAUUUGAAACUACAGAAAUUAGAAUAGAAGGAAUCACAUUUUUAAGGGGUUGAAGUCUCUGCUGCUAAAUACAUUAACUGUUAUUUCAUUGGCAUUUGGUUUAUCGUGUGUUAUAGUCACUGGAGCAACACGUGCAGCAUUAAUGACAGCUACAAUGUACAAAAAACUUGUAUAAAGUUGUUAUUGGAAUGCAUUGCUAUAGCUGCUCUGAUUAAUAUUCGUUAAUCUACUCAUGCCUGCUUAUUAAGUGUUUUAUUGACUUCUUACAUAUUCUUUAAACAAUCAAAUCCUUGUGUCAUUUAAAUAGGGGGAAAAGUAAAUUGUCAGUUUAUGCUGUUUGAUUAAUUACCUUAUAUAGAACUUGUUUUAAGACAAGCAGGGUGGUAAUAUAGUGAGAAAGCUUAGAUUCAGUCUUAAAUCAAAAUUUCUGGCAUUUCCAGUUUUGUGUUAGUGCUGCUUAAUUAGAAUGUGUAGCUAGUCUUUAUGAACAGGAGUGAGUUUUUUCUGAAGUAGAUAAUUAAUGAAUCUUUAAAACAGUACUGUAUAAUAUUGAUGACCAGAAACAAAGGGGUUUGGAAAGGCUCGUCUGCAUAGCUGGACUUAACAAGCAUACUUUUUCAGAAUAACAUAUAAUAGAAUGCACAAAAUGUGACUACCAGAGAAUAAUUUAAGUGGUGAGUCUUCAGAGACUUGAUGAUUGAAUUUUUGGACAAGGUUGGUUGCUUAGUUUUGUUUUGCCUUCUGUGAGGAAAGAAUGUUCCUUAGUUUUUUUUAAUUUAAUAGGAAGUGAAAAGUUGCACUUACAGCAUGGGGAAAAAAAAUCCCUCAACUCCUGAGCUGUAUCUUCUAGAGCAAUUUUGGAAAAAGCAGUAAAGUGUAGAUGUGACUUUUAAAUGCAUGCUUAUCCUGUACUCAUUUGGUGAUGAGAUGUCUUUACAAUUAGAUCUUACUGGUUUAUUAAUGUCAGAUAUAAAGGAAAGAGGGUAACUCACCUAUUCUCAAAUGCACUUAACAUUCAAGUUAGUUUCAAAGGAAGUUCAGUGUCCCUGUCUAAGAUAAUUUUCCUUCUUUUUUUUCCCUAUGUGCUGAGGUGUGUUUCCUUCCCAACCUCUUCUCUGUUCUUCCAACCAGCAAAGAAGAAUGUAGCAAAGCAUUGGUGAGGUGGCCUCUUUUCAUGUUUGGAUAACUCUGACUACCUCCCAAAAAGUGCUCUGAUUGAUGUCCUGAAGUGGAGUUCAUCAGGCUCAAUUUUUUCAGAACCUCAUGCUAGGCCUACAUCCUCUUUCAGAGGUGAAAUGCAAGAGCUUUAUCUAUGAAGCCAUCUAGUUUCCCCAGGAGAGUUUAAAGGAGAAAAGAAAAAAAAAACCAUCUUGUAGUUAAAGUUGGGAAAACUAGAAUUAGCAUAAACUUUCAUUAGUCUUUUCCUCUGAAGAGGCAAUGUAUUGCUGAAAAAUGGAGGAAAUAUGUGCUUCCAAGAAAUUCCUUGUAGACAGCUUAUGCUUUUGAAUUAUAGACCUGACACUUUCUAAUGGCUUUUACGUAGUGUGUAAUGUUACUUCUCAGGGCAUAGUCUAUUGUAGUGAAUUAGGGUACAUUUUUACAGUUUAUAAUUAUUGAUUUUAAGAAAAACCCAUAAAUACUAAACACGUAAUAACUGGCUUUUAAUUUUUUUUUUGUCUAGCAUAGCAUUUUGUAUCUACCCACAAGCUAAUGCUGUUCCUAAUGAUUCACACUAGACCUUACCAUGUCAUCUGCAUCAUAUUGUUAUUCUGUAUCUUAAAUUGCUGUUGCAGUCUUGCAGGAAGCUCCUGACAUUUUCUGGGUUUCUUCUCUGGGUUCCAUAGUACUAUUCAGUAGGAUAUUCAGUAGUAUCUCACAAAGACAUAUGUUGUUGUCGUGGUUUAACCCCAGCCGGUAACUAAGCACCACGCAGCCGCUCACUCACUCCCCGCCACCCAGUGGGAUGGGGGAGGGAAUCGGAAAAAAAAGUAAAACUCGUGGGUUGAGAUAAGAACAGUUUAAUAGAACAGAAAGGAAGAAACUAAUAAUUAUAACAAUAAUAAAAUGACAAUACUAAGAAAAGGAUUGGAAUAUACAAAACAAGUGAUGCACAAUGCAAUUGCUCACCACCCGCCGACUGAUGCCCAGUUAGUUCCCGAGCAGCGAUCUGCACCCCCUGGCCAACUCCCCCCAGUUCAUAUACUGGGCAUGAUGUCAUAUGGUAUGGAAUACCCCUUUGGCCAGUUUGGGUCAGCUGCCCUGGCUGUGUCCCCUCCCAAUUUCUUGUGCCCCUCCAGCCUUCUUGCUGGCUGGGCAUGAGAAGCUGAAAAAUCUUGACUUAGUCUAAACACUACUUAGCAACAACUGAAAACAUCGGUGUGUUACCAACAUUAUUCUCAUACUAAAUCCAAAACAUAACACUAUACCAGCUACUAGAAAGAGAAUUAACUCCAUUCCAGCUGAAACCAGGACAGUUGUAAUGAUGGGGAAGCUUUUUACAGUAUCUGUGUUGAUGCACUGUGUAUCUUAGAUUUAUUUUUUUAAAAAACUUUUGUUAGGAGUCUGAGUACUAGAAUUGCAAAAGCUUUUAGUCAUUGAUAGCUGGCAGGCGGUUGUGUACAGUACAACUAUUCUGAAGACCAGAACUCUUAACUGAAGUCUAGUUUAUUAAGCAUCUUCAUCUGCACCAUCUGGAAGCUGCUGUUAAUCCUACUGUAUAGAUGGAGGUGGGGAGAACCCACAGUGAAGUGCAUAUUUUCUUCACAGGACACUUUCUGAACAGAAUAUAAUUAUGGUAAAACAAAGAGCUUUUCUUGGAUGAGGUAUUCCUGUAUGUUCAUUGUAAAUAAAGUUAUGAAAUUGGUAUGUUAUUAAUACGGUAAGAUUUCCUGGAUGGCUGCAUAGAAUGAAUAGAUGAAUGGUUUUUUUUUAACAGAGUAUUACCUGUUAGUGAAAAAUCACAUAAAUGAUACAAGGUACCAGAACUUGUUUUUACAAGACAAAAUAUAUUUAUACCUACUGUGUUC